GGCCGGCCUGAGGAGGUGGAGCUUAUGACACUAAACGGCUGGAGCUCCGGCUCUUCUUUCCUCACUGAGUAGCCGGUGGCAUCUGUGGAAAAGUCUGGCUGGGAUUGCGGGGAACCGCACCAAUGGCUUCCGUGCAGUCCUACGAAAGCCUGGUCCACGCCGUGGCCGGAGCCGUGGGAAGUGUGACAGCGAUGACUGUGUUUUUUCCCUUGGAUACAGCUCGACUUCGGCUUCAAGUUGAUGAGAAAAGAAAGUCCAAAACUACACACAUGGUGCUCCUGGAGAUCAUUAAAGAAGAGGGCCUCCUUGCACCAUAUCGGGGAUGGUUUCCAGUGAUCUCCAGUCUCUGCUGCUCCAAUUUUGUCUAUUUCUACACUUUUAAUAGCCUCAAAGCAGUCUGGGUUAAAGGUCAACGUUCUACUACUGGGAAAGAUCUGGUAGUUGGAUUUGUUGCAGGAGUGGUGAAUGUGUUGCUGACAACUCCACUCUGGGUGGUAAACACCAGACUGAAGCUGCAGGGGGCAAAAUUUAGGAAUGAAGACAUUGUACCAACCAACUACAAAGGAAUUAUUGAUGCUUUUCACCAGAUCAUUCGAGAUGAAGGAAUCUUGGCUUUAUGGAAUGGCACGUUUCCUUCCUUGCUGUUGGUCUUCAAUCCUGCCAUCCAGUUCAUGUUCUAUGAAGGUUUAAAACGGCAGCUUUUAAAGAAACGAAUGAAGCUUUCUUCUGUGGAUGUGUUCAUCAUUGGUGCAGUAGCCAAGGCAAUUGCCACCACAGUCACCUAUCCCAUGCAGACAGUACAGUCAAUUCUGAGGUUUGGACGUCACAGACUAAAUCCAGAAAACAGAACACUGGGGAGUCUUCGGAAUGUUCUCUAUCUUCUUCACCAACGAAUAAAGCGUUUUGGAAUAAUGGGACUCUACAAAGGCCUUGAAGCCAAACUGCUGCAGACAGUCCUUACUGCUGCACUCAUGUUCCUUGUUUAUGAGAAACUGACGGCGGCUACCUUCACGGUUAUGGGGCUGAAGAGUGCACGCAAGCACUGAGACACCUAACGUGGCAGACAGAACAGUGCUCGAGAUGGGGCUCCUUCUGUGCAAAGAGAAGUGAUUAUCCCCUUACUCUUGCUACUUCCACCGUGAAUUUUAUCCUUAUUUGCUUGAAAAACAUCUAAGGGUAAAUGGGGAAUGUAGCCAGCUGGACCUAUUGCCAACUUAAUUUUUAUGAUGGUGGUUAGAAUUUUGUGGGGGAGGUUGAACUAAUGGUCAUAUGAAAAGAAACAUUGAAAACCUAAAAAAAUGAAAGUUUGUGGAGGUUUACUGGUUUUCUUAAGGGGAAUGGGCUAUCGCUCCCGGUGUAAUCUUUUCCAGUUAAACUCUUCCACUUACCAGCUGUUCCCUUUCUCUGCACCCUCCCUCAGCUUCUAGGACAAAUUUAAUACCCUGUGAUUCUCCUCAUAUACUUUUGUAUGUCUUAAUCUUGGUAUAAACUAUUUGUAAACAUCACUUAUUCAUUAGUAUUUGACAUAAUUAAAAAUUAUUUAUUUUUAAUCAACCCUUUCAUUAUACAGGCUUUAAGUUUUAUGUUCAUCUAUACAAGCUCCAAUCAAGUCUAAGCCCUAAUAAAUUGUAAGCUCAAAAGACCUUCUUAAAAGUUGCCCUUGAUUAAGGUAUUACAUUAGGUUUACAACCAGGUGGUAAAAAUCACAGAAAAGGGAGAAGGAGCGCAUACCUUGUUUAGGCUCUGAAAUACUAUCUCCCUUUACAGACUUGGUGGAGGCUCUGUAUUUUCAGAAUUAACAUUCGGUUGAGAUUAUUUCUAUUUGGAAACAUUCUGUAGAGCCCUGCUGCUCAAAGUGUGUUACACCCAGCAGGGGCACUGGCAUUACCUGGGGGCUCAUUGCACAUGCAGUCGCAGACCUUCUGAAUCAUAUACUGCAUUUUAACAAGAUCCCCAGGUGAUUCAUAUGCACAUUAAAGUUUGAGACCUUAGAGCCCCUGACACAACAGAGGUCUGAUUGGUUUCAUUACAGAAGCUAAGACAAAGACUUUUCUCAAAGGGAAGAUAGACUGAUGUACUAAAACAACCUCUGAAAAAAUGAGGCAUCCUGUGUCAUCAUUUACUUUCACCUCAGAGCAUGUGGCACGGGUGGUAGGACUUCUAUGAAGAAGUUAGGAGUAGCUUCAGAUCUCAAGCUACUCAAGAAGCAAACUCUCUUGACAUUCGUAGAACAGCUCUUUGGGUUCCUGUGACUUAGUUUUUGUCCCUAUAACAAAGUGACAAGUUUUCACUUAAGUCUAACUCAAUCAGAGUCAGACAGAGUAAUAAUAAUGAAGUUUCUCUCACUCCAAAAUAUAGUUCUGUUUCAAGAAUAGAAAUUUCUCUUAUUUCCUCUGGUCUCUGUGGUAAUGUCAACAUACAUGAUUAUCAAACUAAUAAUAAUUGAAAGAUUCUCGUGUUCUAGAAAACAAGGAUUAGGAGCAGCCAAUAAUCUGGGCACUAGACUGAACACCUGUGCCCUGUUGAAGAUAGAGAAUUGGCCCCACUACUACUUUUUAUUUUACUUUAAGUUUUGUGUGUGUGUGAUGGGACUUGGGUGGGAGGUACAAAACUGAUUUUGGUUUUUGUAUAGGAGAAGAAUGAUCAUAAAGGUGCUGUGUGCACUUUUGUUGUUUUAAUUAUGCAGUUCACUUUGGAACUUGAAUUUUGAGCUCAGGGUAUUAUGGGUUGGUGUGUUAGAAUAAUUGCCAAGUCAGAUUACAUAGUUAAAUUAGGUGUUUUGAUGUGAGAACGUAUCUGAUGCUGCUUUUUUCUCACUUUAUGAGGGAACAAUUUAAUAUUGAGGUUUUAUGCCCCCUCUGGAAGCUUACAGGCUCACUAGCUGAAGCUAGGUAAUGACUCACCCAGUUUUGUAAUCCUUGAUUAAUAAGUUAUUUGAGAAAACUAAAGAGCUAAAGUCUAUACCACGGAAAUGGAAAAUUUUUCCUUCUGAUUCUUUGUGCAGUUUCUUUAGAAUGUGAGAGUAAGAGCCUUAGAGAUUAUGUUAGUGUCACUGCAGUAGCAAAUUUAAUUUCUGUAAGUAUUUAAUCUGUUUUGAAGUAGAUACUAAUAUUUCUACCCCAUCUAUUUUGCAAUUAAGUUUGAAAUGCAUAAAUAGGAUUUACCAUAAGAACAUGAGUAGUGGGAGUUCAGAUCGUCAGUUUUAUUCCCAGCUCUGCCACUAACUAGCAAAUGACAUCAUCUCCUCGUGCUUUAGCUUUUUGAUAAGUGUAGAUAAUAAUACUUGCUACCACUUCAGAGGACGUUUGAGAGCUAAUGAGGUCAGCUAAAUCCCUUUAUGAUAGUGGAAGAGGGAAGAUCUAAGUGAAACUCGUGACCAGUGCAUAGAUUUAUAUAGUCAAUUUCCCUUCUUAAAGCUUGUACACUUUCCUAUUUUAUAAUCCCAAUAUCUUUGUGAAAUAGGUAGGGACAAGUAACAAUAUCCCCCAUUUAAUUAACAAGGAAAUUGAGACAGAAAUAUCAAAUGACUUGCCUGGUUGGUUGGAGCCAAGACUAGUGUUGGGUUUCCUGCAGUCUAAGUAAUAAUGGAAACAAUGGGUACUAGAAUUAGACCCCAGUUCAACCCUAUUCCUUAUUAGCUAUAGGAACAAAGCAAUUACUGAACUUGGGUAAAAUUCAGUUUCCUCAUCUGUGAAAUGGAGAUGAUGAUAAACCUACUUCCCAGGGUAAUUGUGAGGAUUAAAUGAGAUUGUAUACAUAAAUUGCUUAGCACAGUGCUUGCCACAUGAGAAGACCUAGAUAAAUGUUAGCAACAACUAUUAUAAUAUUAUUAUUGAUGAGGGAUGUGGCAGUUUGAACAAUAUAACUAUGGUUCAGUAGAAACCACUCUGAAUUUUGAGCCAGACCUAGGUUCAGAUUUUCAUUCUAUCAUUUAACAGCCUUAUGGCCACAGACAAGCCUCCUCACUUUUCUGAGUUUAUGUCCUCAUCUGUCCAACAGAUUUUUUAAUCUGAGGAUUCUUUAAUCCUCAAAACAGCCUUGUGAAGUAAUCAUUUCUAUUGGACAGAUGAAUAGCCCAUGACUGGCAUAGUACAUGACCUUUAUAUGUGCUUAAUAAAUGCUGGGGUUUUUUGUAUUAAGAUAUAAUUGACAUCUAACAUAUUUUAUAUGUACAACAUAAUGAUUCAAUAUAUGUAUAUAUUGCUAAUUGAUCACUACAAUAAGUCUAGUUAGCAUCUAUCAAAAUAUCCAUCAGCUGAAUGCUGUUUGAACCAAGAAAAUCAACUAGGUUUUACUUUGGGGCAUUUGUUUUAAUUGUGAACAAUUCUGGGAACCUUUCAGUGUUAUCUCCUCAGAAGAGAAGCCAAAUCUAGUAAUUUUAUGUUUUAUUGAGUAUUCAAAUUAAGCCCCCAAAUGUUUACAAGUUGAUCAGUAAAAUAUCAGCUGGUUCAGUAACAGAAGUUGAAGUCACAUGGCUGAAGUAGUGUCUCAUCUUGGCUCUUGGAAAAGAAUAGUGACUUCAUGGAGUCAAUGCCACCCAUCUAAGGAGAGCCCUCCCUCUGGGCAGGUGAAUUACUUACCUGGCAGUGUUGAAUGUCACCAGAAUACCAAAUAUACAUGAAAGCUCAUUUAUAGGAUAUUUAUGUUUGUAGUAAUAGUAAACAUAGCUGGUUGUGACUCUGCAGGGGUUUUAUAUUGAGAUAUAUUAUAACAUUAUAGAAUAUAUUGAGAUAAUAUUUUACCAUUAUAGAAAUGAAAGGACCUUGGGUUAAUGCUAGUUUGUGGGGAAUACUGGUAGCCCCUGAAAAGUAUAUUCAGUGAGACAUAAGGGACAAGAAAAAAAGUUCUCCAUGCCUGGGUGAGAGAAGACAAGAAAAUUACAAUUUAAAGACAGAAAGUGAAAAAGAAAUUAGGAGAUGGAUAUGUGGGUCUGGAGGAGGGAGGGUCACGGCACUGAUACCUAGCCCAGUAUUCAAAGAAUACAUGUCCAAAAAUGUGUGACAGGUACAUAAACUGGGCAGUGAACUGUGGAACCUAUCAACUGAGGUCCAAUCUGUAAUGACAUGGAAAGGAAAGGAAAACUCAGUUUGGAACUAAUGAGAAUGGGUAAUAAAACUUCCAUACAUUGAGUGCCUACUAAAUGCCAGGCAUAGUUGAUUUACGUACAUCUUGAUAUCCUUGUAAUAACUCUAAAUAUAUAAGAUUCAUCCCCGUUAACAAAUGAGGUAGUUGAGGCUUCAAGAGGGAUGUAUAUGGCCACGUACCUAACAAAAGGGGGUCAGGAUUUAAAAUUUAGGCUGACUCUAGAACUUUCUAUUCUGCUACACUACAUCCCUCAGAUGUCCUUAAAAGACUUCUCUUUUACAACCUAGAGGGUCGUAUAAUCGAAGAUGUAUGAUUAUUUCUGUAACGGACUAUCUGUACUGGAAUGUGAAGUCACAAGGCUCAAGAGAAACCUGUGGCUCCUAUCCAAGGAUGGCUCCUUGAAUCCGUGCUGUUCCUUGCCUUAGUGCCUGUGUUUAUGCUUUCAUUUCUAUAAGGUCAAGAAUCUCUUUCUACCUUUCUUGGUAAAUUCUGGCUCAGAUCAGGCGUCAGCUCUUCCUGGGAGCCUUUCUGAGAUUUUGCUCCCUCCCACCCACCCAUCCCUAAAGACCUUUGUGUUCCUGCAAUAUUUUAGGCAUAUGUCUAUCAUCAUACCUACUACUUUGUAUUUUGAAUUGCAGUAGUCCAUCUGUAUCUCUGUGUUCCCCUCAAUACGGAGUUCUUUCAGGGCAGGAAAUGAGUCUUUCUAGUUAGGUCACGGUAGGCACUCAUUUGUUUCAUAACUGUUUUUGGCUAAAGACAGUACUGACCUUUCUCCAAUCAAUACUGGUAAUUAAGAGUUUACAUGUUUUUAGAACUCUUGCACUCUGGUGUUUUCUUGGUUACUGAUUACCAUUUUUCAGAUUUCCUUAAUUAAUUGACACUUUUUUGAAGUAUAUUUUACUAGUCAGCUGGCUCUUUUAAACUUUAAAGAUUCAUUAUUUCUUUGCUUUAAUUAGUCACCAAAAUUGUCUACCUUAGUGAUAUCAUUAUCUAAUUCUUUCGUGUGUACUUCAUUUUUGUUUUGCUUUAGUUUCUGUAGAUCCCAUUGGCAGAGUAGUUGGCCAGCCAUGGAGAUGAUUCCCUACGUGGGCAUUGUAUGGAAGGCCUUAUUAAAUUGCAAUUUGGGAAUAACAUUCCAUUUCUUAAAGAAGUCCUUUUUGUUUACCAUAUCCAAGCACUAUAAUUGCUGGGAUUAUCCAGAUGCAUAGUACUCACUCUUGCCCUCAUGUAGUUCAUUGUUCAGCAUGGGAAUCGGACAAAAACAACUUAGAAUUCUACCCCUGGUAAGUUCUGAUAAGAAACAUAAAUGGGGGUUGCUUUGGAAGUAUGGAGGGGCCCAGCCCAACUCUCUCUUGGUCUAAGUGAUCAGAAAGCAACAUUUGGAUCAAGAACACACCAAGUAGUAAGUAGAGGACCUUGCAAAGUAGAAAGAGGAUGAUGCUUCAUUAUUUGUACACUGGUUUGAGUCAGAUCCAAAACCUAGAUCUCUUGCGUUGAGUACAUGUUGGCCUGAGCAGGAGGGAAGAGGUGAUCAGGACCCGUCCUACUUACCGGUUUUAUCUACAGUUAGACUUGGAUCCAAAGAGAGAAGAUACAUUCCCUGUACUCUGCAUGUUUAAAAUCUAAUUUUAAACUACUUUAAAAAUUAGACGUAAUAGGAAUGUUCUGCCAGCAAGAGCAGUUUAGGCUUAACUGUGAAUCUCUGUUAAUGUCUAGACUUGGCACUUUAUCUUGAUCAAUAAGGAACUGUUUACUUGGAAAAUAUUGCAGAGCCUAGUAGAAGCUAAAACUCUGGAGAACUUUAGCAUGUGUUUGUUAGUAUAUUAAAAGUCAUAAAUACAGUGAAGACUUAAGGGAAAUUUUAAAAUAGAGUAAGUCCUCUUUAUUUCUUUUUUAAUUUACAGCUAGUUUAUAGGUGUGACAUUUGCAAAUUUUUUUCUAACAUUUUCAUUUCCUUCUCUAUUGUGAGAUUUAUUUUAAUUACUUUUAUUCUGUAUAGAUGGGGAAAUUGAGACACAGAUAUGAAUCAGGUCACAAAGCAAAGGAUUAGGAGUCGAAAAUGAAUUCAAACUUCUUGAUAUUCUAUCCAAUAAUCUUUUACUGGCUUGUACUGCUUGGAGAUACCUGUACUUUCUAUUUUGGCUUAAAGUUUUUCCUGUAACUCUUGUUUUUUCUUAUAAAAAUAAUACAGUCAUUGUAAAAAUUACAGAAAAUACAGAAAAGAAUAAAGAGAAUAAAGAUACAUUCCUAUACAUAUGUGUGUAGAAAUAUAUACCUAUAUUCCUACUGCCUAGAAAUCACUGCUAAUAUUUCAGGCUAUCUAUUUUCAGAUUUAAUUGUAUACAUACUUAGCUAUCUUUAUAGAGGUUUUUUUUAAUGAGAUCAAACUAUGUGUAAUUUUGUGAAUUUUCAUUUCAAAUAUUUAAUGUUGAUAUGUCAUAAUUUUAGUUACUUCAUAGAAUUGCAUGGUGUGAAUGUAUUAUUUAGUUGAACUCUUAUUGAUAGAUUGUUUCCCAUUUUUUGCCUUUAGAAAUAAUAUAAUUAUAAAAUUCUUAAUAUAUGCAUCUUUUUAUACUUCCCUGAUAAUCUCUUUAAGAAAAAUUUCCAAGAAUCCAGUUAUUGGGUCAAAAGGUAUGCCUACUGUGGCAUUAUGUGUAUUAAAUUUAACCUUCAUCCUGUCUAUUCCUUUAUGUUCCUUGUCACACUGGAUUAUGUAAAUGCUUCAUUUCUCUCUUCAUCUCUGCUUUGGCAAGCCGCAGAAGAGCCCCACUCGAGUGUGAUCGCAAAGAAGUGUACACCAGGGCCUGGACUUUUUUUUUUUCUUUUAAUCUUUUAUAAAGGUAUUAUUGAUAUACACUCUUAUGAAAGUUUCACAUGAAAAAGCAAUGUGGUUACUACAUUUACCCAUAUUAUCAAGUCCCCACCCACACCCUUUGCAGUCACUGUCCAUCAGUGUAGUAAGAUGAGGGGCCUGGACUUUACGUGCUUUUUCUUUUAAUUCUCUGAACAAGUCCUAUGAACUACAUAGUUAAAUGAGGAUUAUCAAAAGUAAGUAUUUUAGGAGUUAGAGCUAAAAAUUAGAUUUCUUCCAGCAGGUAGCUGAGAUCAUGAAAUAUCACAUACUAAAGUAUAAUAAUAACAAGCUACCAUUUAUUGAGCACCUAACUAUGCACCAAUUGCCGUGCUAGAUACUUUUGUAUAUUAUUUAGUCUUCCUGCAAAAGCUCCAAAGCCUGUGCGCUUUAUACACUUCUCCCCUUCCAGCUUUGUUUCCAAGUUCACUUCUUAGCUCCCUCGCCUAUGUUAGAUGUCAAAUUCUAGAGAGCAGGGACUUGUUAGUAAUCCUUUUGUGAAUUACCAUGAAGGAGAGGUUACAUUGGGUGCCUUUGUAGAAAUGCUUUAUGAUUGUGAUGGUUAUGAAAACCAUAGAAGACUUUUAUAAUUUAUUUUGUUGACUUUUUAUUUUAUAAAAAAAUCUCCUAUUUGAUAGAAAAUGGCUUUUUUGUGUGCUUCUAAUUUUUCAUUUGCAGAUGUGGAGAAACCUUAGGCCACCAGAGGGCAUUGCAGUCAGCCUCAGCCUCCUAUUAUUUUCAUUCUAAAUCACUGCUGUCAAGAGAUGCAUAGUGAAAUUUGUUCCCAAUUAAAUUUAAAAAAGAAGCAUUUUUAGACUCAGUGAGCACCUAUGAAUAGGAAGUGUGGCUUGGACUUGGUGGAGCACUACCUUGAGGCACCCUUUUAAUCUGUAAAAGCAAAAAAUGGAGUAAGUAGUAUUUUGCUGAAAUUACUCUUCCACUUCAUUUCUUCAAGCAUAUGCCUGAAUUCUUAAUUUGUUCUCCAUAAUUUAUAAUCUCUUAGUCAGAUAAUAAAGCCAGUUACUCUCAAUAUCAAUAGAAAUUGAAGUCAGAGAAACAAGGACACAGUUUUUGGCCAGUAGCAUCCACAUCUUCACUGGUCUUUGUUGACACUUACAAAAACUUGCAAAAUUGACUGAACCACAAUUGAACUACUCUCUGGUUUCUAUUCACCAUCUAGUGGAAGUGCAGAUAGGCAUAAAAAUGAUUAAAAAUCAACAAAAGUAAAAGGCAUUUUGACAACCCAUGAAUUUAAAUAUCAAUUCAAAUCAAGACUAAACAAGUGAUUGGGUUAUAAACAAGUAAAUCUUUCAACAUCACUUGAAAAAAAUGUAACUAUUGGGGCUGCUAAAUUGUAGCCAACUAGAGCUUUCAUGGAUCUGUGCUCUGGGAGCACUUGAGAUACUAAUUUAUUUUGCAAACAUUUAUUGAGUACAUUUGUACCAGGCACUUGGCUAAGCCCUGGCAUACAGAUAAGAAUAAUAAUCAUUAUAUAUUGCUUUAGUUUUCUAACAAUCUGGCAUCUACUAUCUUAGUACUUACUUCAUACCUCUGAGAUGAAUUAGGGCAGAUGAUAUUUUCAUUUACAGGUAUAGAGACAGGUUUGGAAUGGUUAAAUUAUUCAUUUAUGUUACACAGCCAGUAACAGAGUAGGACUUAAACAGAGGUCUUCUGACUCAAAUUCCAUCCUUUCCCACAACCAUGUUAUCUUCCUAGAAGUGAGCCUAUUAUUCUCAAGGGAAGACUUGAGGGGUAUAAUAUGCCAAAAGACCUAAAGUUAGAAUUGGAUGUAUUAUAGUCACUGGGUGGUUUUGAUUGCUUAGUUUAAUAAGCAACUUAGCAAAUAAGUUCAAAAACUUACCAGCACUAUUUCUCUUUUAUCAAAAAUGGAAGGUAGAUUCAGUAUGCAGGCAAUGAAAAUAGAUUGGAUUCUCUAUUUGGUCAACCUAUUACCAGGAAUUCAACUUCUUUCAAGUCUGUGAGCACUCACAUCUUUCUCCAAGGUAUGAGUUAUGCACUAAUGCCCAUGUUAAAAAAAAACAGUCCCCUCAUUUGAGUGUCAAGCUUGGGUAAGGAUGUCCCUGACACAAAGGUCUCUGUUGGAUUUUUAUUUCUUUGGUAGUUUUGGAAAGUAAUACCCUGGGUAGAGCACCCUAAAGUCCCUUUGGCAUGAAGUUGUAUUUCUCUUUUUACUUACUUCAUCCCUCAAUAGAUGAAGAGCUGAGAAUCCUCAUCACCACUACUAUGCCUGGGCACUAUCACGAGUACUCUAAAUAUUUGUCCAUGGAGUGUGUAUAUUGAGGGACAUGGAGUAUAGUGUUAACUUUGGUUUUGUCUAAACCAGAGUACCUAAAGUUGUAGUCCUUCUAACACUAUGUAUUUUGAGAAAAAGUAAGGCGUGGCUUCCCUAAAACUUAAUACCUUAGUAAUUUCACCACAUUAAA